CACUCCCUAUCACAAGCCACCUUGAAAGAAUACCUUGACUCGGACCCCCACUCAAGUGUUGCCUAGGAAGCCCUCCGGACAGCCCAAACUUCCCACCUGAACAGUAUACUUAUACAGAGGGCCAUUGAUGUGUAUGUGUCGACCCUACGAUUGAUAUACACGACAAGCAAGGUUUUCUACACCGCUGGCAGAGACCCAAAUGUCGCUCAUUCCCUGUGUUUACAUUAAAUCACUGUUGGGAAAUAAAUAGGCUAUUGAACACUGCCUGCCGCGAUAAGGUCUGACACAUGCGCAGAACCCCGCUGGUUGACUUGUACAGCACUAUCCUUAAUGGAGGCUAGCGAGGAACAAGGUGUAUACACCGUAAUGAUUGUCUAACAACUGACGGAAAGUGUUCUCCCCAUAUCCCAGCUUCAUGUAGUCUUACGGUACAGUAAUGGUUUCUGACAAGGCCAGUUUAGUGGAACGAGUAUCAAUACUGGGAUGUGUGAUCUUCAUUGGACUCUUUGGAAUCCUUAAAUUUAUUUUAGGAUGGGUAUACCUCAACGAAUGCGCAGACAUGGUUCUCCUUCCGGUUUACCUGAUACUUGGAGGAGUAAUCUCCCUUGUUCCUUUCUUGUUGUCUCUUUACCGGCGUUUCAACCAUAAAGCUCGUUCCAAGAAGGUCGUGGACGAGCUGUGGUGGAUCCUUGGUGCUGUCUUCUUCCUGACACUGGUGCAUAUAGUGGCUGGAUCCAUGUACAUCCUGGUGUCUGUUGUGCAAGCAAGAGUUAUCGGACGUUUGUGUACCGCGCCAUGGCUACCGCCAUUUGGCGUCGCGGCCUUGUGCCUAGACUGGGUGUGUUUCGCAGUGUUCCUGUGUGUAUUCUGUGACGUGGAGUACGAGGCACCGCCACCAAGCACAGAACCGGCUCUACCCAAUUACUGGAGACACAGACACAGACUCAGGCGCUACUAAAAUUCACGAGUUCUCUCCCCUUUGGUGGACCGUCUUGCCAAAGAAACACGCAACUACAGAAUGACACUACACUCAACGAAGGAAUUUCAUAAUUCUGGAUGUAGACCGAUUUGGCAAGCACCAGUUUGACACACAACGUAUUGUCUUGAACUAUUAAGUUUUGGUAAAUAUUACAUCAGAUUAUUGCAACGUUUUAGCCAUUAUUACUUUAGGUUAAACAUUCAUGUUUGCUUUACUAUAUGUUCACUGUUGAGUGUGUAUUGUUGACAUUAUCUUUGUCAUCAGAACAUGUUAUGAGACGAAACUGAAUCUAAGUUACACUUUCUUUACGAACGGCAUGAAGGAUUCAUAAGUCAGGAUUCUGUGACAUAUUCAUCACAAUUGACAGGUUGCCGGGAUAUCUAAUCAUUACAGAUAAAAAAAAUAGUGUAAUUAAUUUGUUAAGUGAUCGCAAAUUUGUAGGACAAGAUUUAUCUUUCCUUUGUGGACCAUGCAAAAAUCGAUGUUGGAUGAAGCGACAAAUGCCUCUAGGUAUGCUGUGUUUGUACUGUGAUCACUUCUUGGAUGCUUACACCUCCACUGUAUCCUCCACGUCACUUUCAUUCAAAAUGUGAGUGAGUGAGUAUGGUUUUACGCCGCUUUAAGCAAUAUUCCAGCAAUACCACGGCGUAGGACACCAGAAAUGGGCUUCACACAUUGUGGGGAAUCGAACCCGGGUCUUCGGCGUGACGAGCAAACGCUUUAACCACUCGGCUACCCCACCGCCUCUCAGAAUUUAAAAUGUACGGGAUGCAGCAUAAAAGGGAGAACUGGUGUAUAACGGUUGUGUAUAUUCCUGUCAUGAAAUUCUUGAAACAGGAUCCUUUGCGAGAAAAGUAGACAUUUCAUAUUCAAACGUUUUACAAACUGUUGUACGUAUGUUUACAUAUCAUUACAGAAUAAGCCUUAUUGGCAUCAAGUUCUAGUCGGACUUUGGAGCUCUCACAUGGGGUUGGAGCAAUGGAAUGCCCAACUAACAUAGAUAACAACCUGCGGUUAAUAUUUGAAUACAUACAUCGCUAGUGACAGGGUCUUUUUAAGCAGAGCAGUUUUAGCGCUAUUGCUGUUGUAAGCCUAAGUUCGUUCAAGUAUAAAAGUUGCGAUUGACUUUAUGUGAAUGAGACCAAUGUUUUCGACAAUAGAAAGAAAAUGAAUCACGUAUUUCAAAGGUAACCAACGAGAGACUUCGUAAUGCUUGAAAACCAAACAUGACACGUGAUUUAAUGAGAAUUACCUUUACGCACAAGUCCCUGCUCUAUAUUUAGAAAACAAAUUGUAGACUAAGGUGACAAAUGUCUGUGGAUAUACACUGCAGAGAUACAUAUUGUACGUCCACACUUAGAUUACAUGUGUAUGAGUAUAUUUCGGUAUGACGUGAUUUAAAUGGCAGUUUUAAACGGGUAUGUUACAAUAAAACGACCUUUGUGCAUUAGGCCAUCAUUGAUGUAGCACACUGCACGCGGUUGUUACAGAUGACUGUUGAAAACGUAGCUACAGCUUAUUGCCUUCAUUAUUAGGACGGGUCAAAAUAAUAAUUAUUAAAAAAAUCUUGAAUAGUGAUCAGAAUUUCUAUAUAUAGUAUUUUAAAAAGUGUACAUGUAGCAUGAAAACACGCAGUCCUGUCAUUUUAUCAACCGAUGAAUGUACUCCGAUAGUUGCCCGGUGCAGAAUAUUUUGAUUUGAUAACAUAGUUUAUAUAUGAGUGCCAUAUUACAUGUCAGUACAAAUGUGUGUUUUAUGUAUAUAUUUAUGUAAAGAAGCGAAUUGUGAUACGUGUUCAUGGACACUGAGAUUGCUCUCUAAGAGACAUAUACAUUCAUGUUAUCGUUUAUACUGUUGUAAAUAAAUAUAUUAAAAAUA